AAAUGGCCGCGAGUUGACUCUUCACCUUUUCGCAACGGUGCAGCGGAUGUCAGGCUCCUGUUAAGGCUCUCUCUCUCCUUUUUUUCUCGUUUUGGUUAGGUACAUUCUGACAUCUACGACGCACAGAAUGGAUAGAUUUCUCUCGGAGAGCAAGCGUAACUUGGAAAAGCUUGACGCUUUCACUAAAGUUCACGUCGUGCUGGGAAACGAAGCCUGCGAUUUGGAUUCCGCCGUGUCCGCUAUCGUCACUGCGUACUUGCUGCAUGAGCUCCAGCCGGUCGCGACUUUACUCGUCAUUCCCGUGCUCAACAUCGUGAGGAAAGACGCCAAACUGCGGACGGAGAUCACGUAUUUCUUCGAACAAGUGGACAUCCCGCUGGACACGCUGGUGUGCCGGGAUGAGAUUGACCUGAAGAAACUUCUCGCUCAGUCCAAGUUGUCACUGACCCUUGUGGAUCACAAUCUUUUGCCCAAAGAAGAUGCUGACUUGCAACCUGCAGUCCAGGAGAUCAUUGACCACCACAGGUUGGAAACAUCUCACAGGUGUGACAAGACAGUCGAAAUGGUUGGAUCAUGCUGCACCCUGGUGGCCGAGAAAGUUUUGCACUCUAAGCCAGAGAUUUUCACCCCUCAGGUUGCUCUCUUGCUUUACGGCACAAUACUCCUGGACACGGUGUGCCUCUCCGAGUCUGCUCGGAGAACGACAGCCAAGGACUUGGAAAUGGUGUCCAAGUUGCAGGCAGUGCUUCCCGAUCUGAACAAGAAGGAAGUCUUCAAGCCACUGUGUAGAGCUAAGUCCAAUGUUGAAGGCUUGACCUUGGAUGAGCUCCUUCGCAAGGACCUCAAGGUUGUUUGCUCAUCCGCAAAGCCCAUAGCAUUAUCAUCGGUGCCUGGAGAAUUAAAGAGCAUCUGUCAGGAGAACACUAUGGAGGCAGAGCUGGGCAAGUUCUGCAAGACGCACGGCUACAGUGCACUCAUCAUCCUCACCAUAGCUGUUGAUGAGAAAAGCAAUUCGGUACAGAGGCAGCUAGCAGUCUUCUCUCCAGACAUUGUGCUCAAGCAGCAGUUGACGUCGACACUAUUGGCUGUGGGAGACCCAUAUCUGGAUCUCCAGGUUUCGCACAUGUCUACAGACCACCUCAUCACGUUUGUCCAAGGCAACACGCAAGCUUCGAGAAAAGUCAUUCUUCCGGUUGUGAGAAAGUUCCUCAACACCCUUGAUGAUAACAUUCUGCCCAAGAUGAACUCGCACACGCAUCAGUGA